AUGGUGGACGAGAUCGAUAAAGCACCUGUUGCGUCCGUUGAAGAUGUCCUGGCACAGAAGCCAAAGCAGAGUGCUUACAAGACGAUCAUAGCUAAUCCUUAUCUCUUUGGGGUAGCUUUAUUCUCCUCCUUAGGAGGACUCCUGUUCGGAUAUGAUCAAGGCGUAGUCUCAGGAAUCUUGACUAUGGAGUCAUUCGGAGUCGCUUUCCCCCGGAUAUAUCUCGACAGUGGCUUCAAAGGCUGGUUCGUUUCAACACUUCUGUUAACUGCUUGGCUUGGUUCAUUAGCAAAUGGACCCAUUGCAGAUAGCAUCGGGCGUAAAAGAUCAAUCCUUGUUGCUGUUGUGAUAUUCUUGAUCGGCUCUGCUAUACAAGCAGGCGCGGUCAAUAUUCCGAUGAUCUUUGUUGGGAGAGCAAUCGCCGGACUGGCAAUUGGUAUUUUGACCAUGGUGGUGCCGCUUUAUAUGGCUGAGGUCUCGCUCCCAGAAAUUCGUGGUGGUAUUGUGGUCCUCCAGCAGUUGGCCAUAACGGUGGGCAUCUUGGUAUCCUACUGGAUUGAUUACGGAACUCAUUACAUUGGCGGCACUCGAUGUGCUCCCGAUAUUCCAUACACCGGCGGAACCGCGAGCGACCCGACCUUUGACCCCACGCGUGAUGUAGGACCCAACGGCUGCACCGGACAGAGUGACGCAUCGUGGAGAAUCCCUUUUGCUCUUCAGAUCUUACCGGCAAUUAUCUUGGGCAUCGGAGUGCUGUUCUUUCCUGAAUCACCACGUUGGCUAAUGAAACAAGACCGAGACGAAGAUGCCAUUAAGACUCUGGAAAAACUGCGGCGCCAGUCCAGGGAUCAUCCACUUUUGGCAGCGGAGUAUAUUGAGAUCAAAACCGAGGUGAUGUUCGAGCAGCAUUCUGUGAUGACGAAUUACCCUAAUACUUCUAAAUCCCGCAUCCAAGUCAUGCAGUACUGCAGUCUCCUGACGAAUAAAUCGAGUUUCAGACGACUUGCGGUUGGCUGUUGCAUCAUGUUUUUUCAGCAAUUCAUGGGCUGCAAUGCCAUGAUAUACUACGCCCCAACCAUCUUUGGGCAGCUAGGAUUGAACGGAAACACGACAUCUUUGCUCGCAACUGGAGUCUAUGGCAUUGUGAAUUGUCUAAGCACACUACCCGCGCUGUUCCUCAUCGACAAGGUUGGAAGACGGCCAUUGCUCAUGGCUGGAGCUGUGGGAGAUACGAUCUCUUUAGUCAUUGUUGGCGCUAUCAUUGGCAAGUACGGAAAGGACCUUGUCAAUCACAAGGCUGCUGGCUGGGUUGGCAUCGCAUUCAUCUACAUCUACGAUAUCAACUUCUCGUAUUCCUUUGCCCCGAUUGGAUGGGUCCUGCCUUCUGAGAUCUUCAACCUGGCAAUUCGGUCGAAGGCGAUCUCAAUCACAACAUCGACGACAUGGAUGUGCAACUUCAUCAUUGGUCUCGUCACUCCAGACAUGCUGAACACUAUCACAUGGGGAACAUACAUUUUCUUCGCAGCUUUCUCAUUGAUAGCUCUCUGCUUCACCUAUAUUCUCGUCCCAGAGACACGGGGGAAGACUCUAGAAGAUAUGGAUAUGGUCUUUGGCGAGACCGCAGCGCACGAAGAGAAAAAACUCAUGCGCCAGAUCGAAGCCGGCUUAACGGGAACACACGCGGAUAACAUAGCGAAGGACAUACCUAGUCUGGCAGAGCAUAUUGAGAAGGUAGCUGAGAACGUCUAGCUGUUGGUAGGUAGGUAGGUAUCUAUCUAGGGAAUAGCUUGGUAGAUGAGGGAUUGAUAGAUCUGUUAUUUUGGAUCUGUGAUAGAGAGAAAGCAGUAUGAGGGGGGGGCAUCUAUCUGGAUAAUGCUUGGGACUGGAAAGCUCCUAGCUAGCUCUUUCAAAAC